CCGGCGUCCUGGCACGUGACCUAGGGCCGGCUCGGUCGCUUGGUGGCUCGUUCUGUCGGUCCGUCCGCGGGUGCCAUCAUGGCGGACGCGGCCAGUCAGGUGCUCCUGGGCUCCGGUCUCACCAUCCUGUCCCAGCCGCUCAUGUACGUGAAAGUGCUCAUCCAGGUCGGGUAUGAGCCUCUUCCUCCAACAAUAGGACGAAAUAUUUUUGGGCGGCAAGUAUGUCAGCUUCCUGGUCUCUUUUGUUAUGCUCAGCACAUUGCCAGCAUCGACGGGAGGCGUGGGUUGUUCACAGGCUUGACUCCAAGACUGUGUUCAGGAGUCCUUGGAACUGUGGUCCAUGGUAAAGUUUUACAGCAUUACCAGGAGUAUGACAAGGUUGAGGACUUGGGACCUGGAAAUGCACAGAAAGAUGUCUCAUCUUCCUUUGACCGAGUUAUCAAAGAGACAACUCGAGAGAUGAUCGCUCGAUCUGCUGCUACCCUCAUCACACAUCCCUUCCACGUGAUCACACUGAGAUCUAUGGUACAAUUCAUUGGCAGAGAAUCCAAGUACUGUGGACUUUGUGACUCCAUAGUAACCAUCUAUCGGGAAGAAGGCAUCCUAGGAUUUUUUGCGGGUCUUAUUCCUCGCCUCCUGGGUGACAUAAUUUCUUUGUGGCUCUGUAACUCGCUGGCGUACCUCGUCAAUACCUAUGCACUGGACAGUGGGGUGUCUACCAUGAAUGAAAUGAAGAGUUACUCCCAAGCUGUCACAGGAUUUUUUGCCAGUAUGUUGACCUACCCCUUUGUGCUUGUGUCUAACCUUAUGGCUGUCAACAACUGUGGGCUUGCUGGUGGAUGCCCUCCUUACUCCCCAAUAUACACUUCUUGGAUAGAUUGCUGGUGCAUGCUACAAAAAGAGGGAAACAUGAGCCGAGGAAAUAGCUUGUUUUUCCGGAAGGUCCCCUUUGGGAAGACUUAUUGUUGUGACCUGAAAAUGUUAAUGUGAAGACAAGUGGGACAGGGACAGUGACAUUUCUAUAAUCCCAGAUGCACAGAAUUAUGGGAGAGAAUGAUUUCUAUACAGCGUGGAGCACUUUUUUUAAUAAUCAUUUAAUCUUGGGAACACA